AUGUGCAAAGGGGUGCUGACCCGCUACUACUGUAUGCUCUCGGCCCUGGGACAUUCAACCUGUCCCUACUACGACGAGGACAAACAGGUGCACCGAUUCUGGCGCACUGCAUGGCGCGGGGACCUGUGGGUUUGCUGCCUGACGCAUCCCGGGCCAUGCAAGCUCUGUCCCAACCUCCUGAAUCCUGGCAACAUCCGGUACCACAACCGUGCCCACGAGCUAUGCCCAUACUGCAGGGAAGAUGCGUUCCCGCUGAGCCCGGAAGAGCUGGCGGCGACGCGUGCUAGGUUGGCGCAGGUGGCUGCUACUGCGAUGCCUGUCUCCGGCGUGGCGGAUCAUCAAGGUCAGGAGGAGCCGGAGGAGAUGGAGGAAGCCCAGGGGAGUCAGACUACUCUCAACUUCGAAAAUCUGCGCUUGGAAUAG